GCCCCCGCCUGACCCGGCGCCUGGGGGCGGAGUAGGGCGGGGCGGGCGGCAAACGCAGCACUUUCGCGGCUUUCACAAGCCCGCAGCGGCCGGCCUGGAGCGCUGAGCCGGGCUGAGACUGCGCGAUGCAGGAAGCGCCAGCUGCGCUGCCCACGGAGCCAGGCCCCAGCCCCGUGCCUGCCUUCCUAGGCAAGCUAUGGGCGCUGGUGGGCGACCCAGCCACCGACCACCUGAUCCGCUGGAGCCCGAGCGGGACCAGCUUCCUCGUAAGCGAUCAGAGCCGCUUUGCCAAGGAAGUGCUACCCCAAUAUUUCAAGCACAGCAACAUGGCAAGCUUUGUGCGCCAACUUAACAUGUACGGUUUUCGGAAGGUAGUGAGCAUCGAGCAGGGUGGCCUACUCAGGCCCGAGCGAGACCACGUCGAGUUCCAGCACCCGAGCUUCGUGCGCGGCCGAGAGCAGCUACUGGAGCGCGUGAGGCGCAAGGUGCCCGCGCUGCGAGGCGACGAUAGUCGCUGGCGCCCAGAAGACUUGGGCCGGCUGCUGGGCGAAGUGCAGGCUUUGCGGGGAGUGCAGGAGAGCACGGAGGCGCGACUACGGGAGCUCAGGCAGCAGAACGAGAUCUUGUGGCGGGAGGUGAUGACACUGCGGCAGAGCCAGGGUCAGCAGCACCGGGUCAUUGGCAAGCUGAUCCAGUGCCUCUUUGGGCCACUUCAGGCAGGACCCAGCAGUGCAGGAACCAAGAGAAAGCUGUCCCUGAUGCUGGAUGAGGGGAGCUCAUGCCCAACACCUGCCAAAUUCAAUGCCUGCCCUCUACCUGGUGCCCUCCUUCAGGAUCCCUAUUUCAUCCAGUCGCCCCUCCCAGAAAAUACCCUGGGCCUCAGCCCUCACAGGGUCAGGGGCCCCAUCAUCUCUGACAUCCCAGAAGACUCUCCAUCCCCUGAAGGGUCCAGGCUUUCUCCUUCCAGUGGAAGCAGGAGGGAGAAGGGCCUGGCACUGCUCAAAGAAGAGCCGGCCAGUCCAGGGGGGGAUGGCGAGGCUGGGCUGGCCCUGGCCCCAACCGAGUGUGACUUCUGCGUGACAGCCCCCCCACCACUGCCUGUGGCUGUGGUGCAGGCCAUCCUGGAAGGGAAAGGGAGCUUCAGUCCCGAGGGGCCCAGGAAUUCCCAACAGCCUGAAUCAAGGGGCCCCAGGGAGGUACCUGACAGGGGAUCUCUGGGUCUGGAGCGGGGGAACCGGAGCCCAGACAGUCUGCUGCCUCCAAUGUUGCUUCAGCCUCCCCCUGAAAGUGUAGAGCCUGCAGUGCCCCUGGAUGUGCUGGGCCCCAGCCUCCAAGGGCGAGAAUGGACCCUGAUGGACUUGGACAUGGAGCUCUCCCUGAUGCAGCCCAUGGUUCCAGAGAGGAAUGAGAUUGAGCUGCCAGUCAAGGAAUUGAAUUCUCCAGGUGCAGGGAAGGACCCCACUCUGGGAGCCCCACUGCUGCUGGACAUCCAGGCGGAUUUGGGAGGCACAGCCCUCACUGUGCCUGGGGCUUUAACUGUUUAUAACACUCCUGAGAGCCGGGCCUCCUACCUGGGCCUGGGAACCACUCCCUCCCCCUGAGACCAGCACACUUCAGAAAAGGCUUGGCUGAGGAACUGACCCAUGGCAGCACACCCACUUAGGCUUCCUGGAGCCCCCUGGGGGGGUGAAUGAAGCCCCCACUAUUCGGCAGACUGUCUCCAUUAUACCAAAGCCCCACACAUAAACUGCAUUUUUCUGUGUUUCUGGUCUCUUUUUCUCUAUCUACUAAGGAGUACAGGAGUCAGGGGUGGGGGCGACUUUUGUGUUUGUAGAAGCGUCCAGAUCCUAGGGCUUUGAUGGAAAAAACCCUGGAGAGUGGCCGUGCUUGGGAGCCGGUGCCUUGCUCUCCUGCUUUAGACUUGGUGCGUGGCCACUGCCACCUCCGGGAAGAGGGGGCUUCUGGGCCACAUCCAGUUCCGCAAUACAUGUUCUCUGAG